AUGGCAUCUGAGGCGUCUGCCAUGAUGGCAACCGCGGCAGAGGGCAUUGGUACCUUUCUUGUCAAGAUGAAAAUCCGAAGGCAAGUACUUCUUGACGCUGAAGUGGUAGAGUCGCUCGGAGAAACGGCAAGGUACUUGGAGGCAAGGGAGACAGGUAGCCCUGAAGAUGCCACCCAUCUGGUGCUAAAGAGCUUUGGCGACUGGUGGUGCGGCCCAAAUAGUACCAAAAGGCUCGCUGUCGGUUCGCUGGAGGUUCUCUAUGAUCACAUCGCCAAGAUGUACAAGCUAGGAGUUCCUCUCACUCUUGGAGAAAGGUUGACAGACCAGUUUAGUUUCUUCCAAGACAUUGAGAUCCGAGGCAGCAAGGACGAUAAGAUCGACUACCAGGACAUUGUUGGUGCAGACAGUACUUUUCUCCUCUUCCUGGGACGCAUCAUGGCCGACCUCUUCCCGAAACAGCAGCUGCAGGUUAUCGUGCUGGAUGCUUCGGGUCUAAACAAGCAGCUGGGCGUGGAGCAGACAGCAGUGCGCCUGGUGUGGCAAGUCGUGAGUGGCAAGAGCACGCAGAGUAUCGUUGUCGAUUCACAGAAGGCGAAUCAUAUAGUGGAUCACAUGAUCAGCAAGGCCACUGAGUCCAGAGACAAGAACAUCGGAGAACUACUCCAACGAGCUCAAGCAUUUUCCCCUUUCAACACGUGGAAAAGCAUCUUUGUCAGCGACGUCAGUUAUGGUAAUGGGACCCACCGGGAUAGACAACGGCCUAUCAUUCGGAUGACUCUAAACGAUGGGGUUGAUGACUGUCCGAUGUCUGGGCCACAGCAGCGUCCUCUCAAGCCUGUGUUCAUUCACAAGUUCUCCAAGAAAGAUAGCAUGCUGGAUUGGAAGGUGGAGCAACAGUGGCCUUCCGAUAAAGGGGCCAAUCCGGAGCUGGGCUUGGAAGACUAUGCGAAACUUGUGAAGAUGACCUCCAUUCGUCAGGCAAGCGGCACGCCAUUGACGGAUUGGGUGGCACCAUCGUGCAAGGGUAACGAACCUACGAAGAAGAUCAAGACCCGCACAACGGCUGGCAGCCUUGACUAUGGCCGCCCUCCAUGUCGGCUUGUGCCGACGUUCGUGAAACGGACCGUUGCGUUUCCCGGAGACAUGGAGGAGUUCAGGUCCAAGAUUGUCAGGGAACUUGGGCAGAGUGGGAAUACGGACGUGGAUUACGAGAAGGGGACGGUUAAAUGGGAAGGGAAGGAUUGCCAGCUCGUGUUCCAGCAUGCAAGUCACAUGGUGCACAUCACCGGUGUGGAGAGCCUCUGCCGCCAAUAUCUCUCGGUUUUCCAAGGACACCAAGGCCAAAGCCCAGGAUCGACAGAUGCCCUGGGAUUCUGCUCCACACCUGCAGGGACAGGCAUGGGCCGGUGCUUUGCCUGUGCCGCAACAUCUUCUCGGCUCAGGCCGAUAAGCCUGGCUGGUGGCAAAGGCACAUGUCAUGGAUGA